AUGACUUUCAGCCACGUGCGUGCCGUGAUGGCUUUAUCUACAGCUGGUAUGCUGCUUGUACCAGCCUUCGGUUUGUUGCUUCGAUUCCAGCCGCAGUUUGUGCAUGGGCUGCAUGCAAACCCCAGCAGCGCCGAAAUUAACUGCUACAUUGCGGGCAGCCUAUACGCUGGCAUCCACUUUGUCUGUAGUCUCUUAUUGGUUAUCAAUUUUUGCAUAGUGAAGACACAUGAGACUCUGGACGACGCAACGAGAAGAAAUCAGCGGUUCGGCCUCCCGUUCAAAGAGUUGGAAAGCGAGGAGUUUGUCAAGGCCAUGGAUACUUUAGACCAGCGUAUCGCAGUGACCCCAACAUUUUAUCAGACACUUGAGUUGUCAGAAGAGCUUCUAGCAAACGGAGACACAAUCUAA